GGACAYCCUGUCAACCUGAUUAYUGACCCCAGUGGUCCUGUUCCAACCCUAACUGCUUGUGCCCACUAACCCACAUUGCUCUGUGAAUUGACAGUGCAGCGAAAUUUGAGUGUCUGUGUGAUCUGUAAAUCGCUGCACCCCCUGCUGUUUCAUUUUUGUUUAUUGUUGUCUGUGAGGGAAAAUGUCUGACGCAGCUGACACAGGUGCAGGGGAGGUUGAGGUCGUGAUUAAGGCUGAAGGGGAACCCUCAGCCACAACACCACCUCCCCCUACUCUGACCCCUGCGCAGCGGCGCAAGAGAGAGAUCCAGCAAAAGUUGCGAGAGCAUCAGGCGCUGCUCGCAGAAGCAGAGAGGCAAGAAGCUGCAGAGCUGGAAGCUGCAACAGAUGCUUCCAGAAAAGAGCACCUGCUGCAGCAGGCUCAGAAGACUUUUGCGGAUGCUAGAGUGGCCCAGUGUACCAGGGACCUGGCUGAGCUGGUAUUGUUACAAGACAAGCUUACAGCCAGCCAUUUCACAAACUGGGAUGAAAGGAUCCAGAGGCUGGAGACCAGAGUGUCUGAUAUGGGAACUCAGCAGUCUAAGAUCCUGGAUGCCAUCCAGAAUCUGACUGCUCAGUUAACAGCAGCCAACCUGAUCUCUCCUUUGGUCCCUGUGGGCCCCUCUCCUAAACCCCCAAAGUCUUCUCAGCCUUCCUCUUCACCUCCUUCCUCUCCUCACUCUUCUCGUAAGUCUUCUCCCUAUGUCUCCUCCCAGGCCAAAGCCACACCUCCUCCCACCUUUGCUGCUGUAGUUGUUGGGGACCAUAGAGGUCCCAAGAUUCCUGCCCCCAGCAAAUUCAAGGGGGAUGACCCCAAGAUUGAUGUGGGGGACUGGACCGCUGGAACCCGGGCCUAUCUGAAGGGGUUCCAGUGUCCAAAGCAGCAAAAGGUGGCCACCGUUGUGGAGCUGCUGGAGGGGCCUGCCCAAAAAUGGGCUACCUCUACAGCAAGUGCCCAGAGCCAGACUUUGGAGGACUGGGCAUUGGCACUGGGGGCUGACAAACUUCUGCAAGCCCUGGAGGACAGGUUUGCAGACAAGGAACGUGCCCGUAAGGCUGCUGACAAGAUCGUACGCCUUGGACAGCAGCGUUACAGCGGCAGUCUGCAGGCCCUUUUCGCUGAAUUUGAGCAGCUCACCUCCACCUCUAGAUUGGUUAUGUCUGUUGAUGAUCUGCUAACUAGCUUUUGCAAGGCUGCGCCUGAGAAGUUCUCAGUCGCUUUGUAUAGCGCCGGGCACAAAGACUGGCGCUCAUUUGGACGUGCAGCACUAGACAUGGAGGCCAAGCUCCAUGUUCAGGCCCCCUCCAGUGACAGGAGGAAAGGCGCCUUCCCUCGCGGUGGUAGAAAGGGAAAGGCGGACUUUGCUUAUGCGGGAAGGGGUGUGGAGGAAGAGGAAGGAAAAGGGGGUCUGCUUGAGCAGAACAAGUCUGAUCUCAUCCUGCUUCGGCCCCUGAUCAACCGUCGCAGGAUCAAAGGGCUAUUAGACUGUGGAGCCACUCGCAACUUCAUGUCUCCCAGUGCAGUCCAAAAACUGCAUCUGGGCAUGAAAGUGGUGCAGCUGCAGCAACCGCUGCAGGUCUGCAUAGGGGACUACACUGUUCUGACCAUCAGGGAGAAGGUCAGGGGUAUCCCUGUUACCUUCGACCGUGCUGGAGAAGUCAGACAUAGUUUGAACUUCUACAUCUUCCCUGACCUACCCUUUGACCUUGUGUUCUCUAUGCAGUGGCUGAGAGCAGUCAACCCAAGGAUCGACUGGCAGAUCCCCAAGGUCGAACUGCCAAACAGCAAAAGGGUAUAUCAGCCUUGUAUGCUUGCAGCUGAUUACCACCCUCAGACCUCUUGCUUCUGCUUGAGAGCGAGAGAGUUCUAUGCUCUCUCUCGCCAGUAUGAUCAUGAGUGUCUGUUAAUCGCUCUGGUCAAGCAGACAGACACUCCCUCUACUCCCUGUCCUCCUGAGAUACAGCAGGUUGUAGACCAGUACGCUGAUCUGAUGCAGGAGCCCUUUGGGUUACCCAACCGGCCAACCAAGCAUCAUAUUGAGCUGCUGCCUGGAGCAGUCCCUCCCAAGGGCCGCAUCUACAGGAUGUCACCUGUUGAGCUUGAGGAGCUCAGGCGACAGCUUAAGACCCUGACCAGCCAAGGCUGGAUCAGGCCCAACACUUCUCAAUUCGGUGCUCCAGUCCUCUUUGUCCCAAAAGGGAGCGGGGAAUUCAGAAUGUGCAUCGACUACAGGGGUCUCAACAAGAUCACUAGGAAGAGCAUAGAGCCACUCCCUAGGAUCGAUGACUUUUUGGAUAUGGUCCAGGGUUGCACCAUUUUUAGCAAAGUCGACCUCAAGUCUGGGUAUCACCAGAUUGAGAUGGCAGAGGAGGAUGUCCACAAAACGGCCUUCAAAACCGGGUAUGGUACUUAUGAGUACCUGGUGAUGCCAUUUGGACUCUGCAAUGCACCUGGUACAUUCCAGACUGAGAUGCACCGCAUCUUCAGGCCGUACCUGGACAAGUUCAUGGUUGUUUACCUGGAUGAUAUCCUGGUAUUCAGCAGGACUGCCAGGGAACAUGCGGAGCACUUGGCUCUGAUUCUGCAGGCAUUACGUGACAGCCAGUAUAAGAUCAAUAGGGAGAAGUCCUCUUUUGGAGUUCCCUCUGUUAUCUAUCUGGGUCAUGUGAUUUCUGGAGAUGGGCUGGCCCCUGAAGCAGCCAAAGUUGCUGCUAUUCAGGAUUGGCCACAGCCCCAGACAGUGAGAGAUGUCCGGUCAUUCUUGGGUCUGGCCUCCUACUACAAAAAGUUCGUCAGGAACUUUUCUGCAGUGGCUGCACCCCUGACUAACCUCACCAAGAAAGACACUCCCUUUUUUUGGUCCCUCCACUGUCAAAUGGCCUUUGCACGACUCAAACAGGCCUUGACUCGUGCGCCUGUUCUGAAGUUGCCUGACCCCACUCUGCCAUUUGUUCUCACCACUGACGCCAGUCAGUAUGGCAUUGGGGCAGUCCUUCAGCAGGAUGAUGGUAAUGGUCUGAGACCUGUAGAGUUUAUGAGUAAGAAGAUCAAAACUCAGAAGCUUCACGACUCUACCUACGAGAAAGAGCUCUAUGCUCUUGUCAGUGCCUUGAAACAUUGGAAGCACUUUCUCCUGGGCAGGCACUUCAAGAUCUUUUGUGAUCAUUCCACCCUGCAGUGGUUGAAGUCCCAGGGAGAGUUGAAUGAUAAACUGCCACGCUACAUUCACUUCAUUGAUCUGUUUGACUUUGAACUGAAGCAUAAGAAGGGCUGCUACAACAAGGUAGCAGCCGCCCUCUCUCGUAGGCCUGACUCUUUUGCGUUGAUCUCCUCUACUCAGUCCUUUGGAGAGGAGGUCUGUCAGACCAUCGCUCGUUUGCUGCCUCAGGAUCCGACUUAUGGACCCAUCGUCAGGAGUCUGCAAGCAGAUCCUAAUUCUGAACCUGGCUAUGCCCUGAGUUCAGAUCUGCUGUACACUUACAGCAGAGGAGAGGAGCGCUUGUGCAUCCCUGAGGAUCAGCAGCUGAGGACACUGCUGAUGUCAGAGUGCCACGACGCGCGUGGACACCUUGGGUUCCUAAAGUCAUAUGCAGCCCUGUCGCAGCGCUUCUUCUGGAAGGACAUGCACAGUGAUAUGCUGCGCUAUGUGGAUACCUAUGAGCUCUGCCAAAGGAACAAGGUUCAGCGGAAACUUCCUUUGGGAUUGCUCAAACCUUUGCCCAUACCUGAUGGUCCUGCCCAGUCUGUAUCCACUGACUUUACAGACUUAGGCAAGACUACCCCUCGUGGCAUGCGUCAUGUAAUGGUAUGCGUGGACAGGUUUUCCAAAUACGCAGAGUUCAUCCCCUUGCCAGAGGUAGUCAGGGUACCGGCUAUGAGAGCAGCCUUUUCUAAGAGGUGGGUCACGCACCAUGGACCGCCCACUUCUAUUGUGAGUGAUCGAGACCCCAUAUUCUGCAGCGAUGAGUGGCAGUCCUAUUGCAAGGACUAUCGACACUCACGCCUGGACAUGACUUCUGGUCGUCAUCCUGAAGCCAAUGGAUCGGCUGAGGUGAUGAACCAGGUCCUGUUCUAGUUGCUACGUCCUGUGAUCUCUCCUAAUCAACAGGACUGGGAUCU